AUGUCCUCUGCUCUCGAACAGCUCAAGGCCACCGGCACCGUUGUCGUCUCUGACUCUGGUGACUUUGCCACCAUUGGCAAGUACAAGCCUCAGGAUGCCACCACCAACCCCUCCCUGAUUCUCGCUGCCUCCAAGAAGCCCGAGUACGCCGCCCUCAUUGAUGGCGCCAUUGAGUACGGCAGGAAGCAGGGUGGCGACAUCAACAGCCAGGUUGACCACGCCCUCGACCGCCUCCUGGUUGAGUUCGGCAAGAAGAUCCUUGAGAUCAUCCCCGGCAAGGUCUCCACUGAGGUCGACGCCGCCUUCUCUUUCGACACCAAGGCCUCCGUUGACAAGGCUCUGCACAUCAUUGACCUGUACAAGCAGGAGGGCAUCUCCAAGGACCGUGUCCUGAUCAAGAUCGCCUCUACCUGGGAAGGUAUCAAGGCCGCCGAGAUCCUCCAGCGCGACCACGGAAUCAACACCAACCUCACCCUCAUGUUCUCUCUGGUCCAGGCCAUCGGUGCCGCCGAGGCCGGUGCCUACCUGAUCUCUCCCUUCGUCGGCCGUAUCCUUGAUUGGUUCAAGGCCCACAACAAGAAGGAGUACGCCAAGGAGGAGGACCCCGGUGUCGCCUCCGUCAAGGCCAUCUUCAACUACUACAAGAAGUUCGGAUACAACACCAUCGUCAUGGGUGCCUCUUUCCGCAACACUGGUGAGAUCACCGAGCUCGCUGGCUGCGACUACCUGACCAUCUCCCCCAACUUGCUCGAGGACCUUCUCAACUCCAGCGAGGCUGUCCCCAAGAAGUUGGAUGCAAGCACCGCCUCUUCCCUCAACCUCGAGAAGAAGACCUACAUCAACAACGAGGCCAACUUCCGCUUCGACUUCAACGAGGACCAGAUGGCCGUCGAGAAGCUUCGCGAAGGUAUCAGCAAGUUCGCCGCCGAUGCUGUGACCCUCAAGAACAUCCUCAAGGAGAAGCUUGCCUAA